GGACAGAUGCUUCUCGCCGUGUCAGUGCUUCACAGGGGCGACGCACGGAGCCGCACAACGCUGCUUUUUUACGAGUUCGACGCCGCUAAAAGUUGACACGUUCAAGCAUGCAGUACGAAUCGGGAAUAGUUCCCGACUUUGAUGAUGGAGAGGACUUACAAGAGGAACCCAAAACCUAUUACGAGCUGAAGAGUCAACCAUUAAAAAGCAGCAGUCCGUCGGAGCAGCGUGGCUCCUCCAAGCCUCCGCUCAGCUCCUCGGCCACGACCUCGCGCAUCUUGCUGCGACAACAGCUGAUGCGGGAGCAGCUCCAGGAGCAGGAGCGGCGGGAGCAGCGGAGGCAGCAGGCCUCUCAGUACCCACAAACCACAGCUGCACAGACCCCCGCCAUCAAUGUCACCGUCCCCGCCCCGCCCGCUGCACAGGUACCCAUGGAGGUGCUGAAGGUGCAGACUCACCUGGAGAACCCGACUAAGUAUCACAUCCAGCGCUCGCAGCAGCAGCAGGUCAAGCAGUACCUGGGAAAACUUGGCUCGCAGGUGUUGAGCUUGCCCUGUCCCAACCAGUGCUCGGACCACGGGGGCAUGCCGCCAGGGCCGGGCAACAGCGCCCCCAACAGCCCUAUGGCCUUACUCACCCUGAACUCUAACUGCGAGAAAGAGAUGGAUGAUGUCAUCGACGACAUUAUUAGUCUGGAGUCCAGUUACAGUGAUGAUAUCCUUGGCCUGAUGGACCCCGGACUUCAGAUGGCCAACACGAUCCCGGUGCCAGGCAACCUCAUGGACAUGUAUGGAAACCAGGGUAUGUCCCAGCAAGGUCUGCCUAUCAACAACUCCUGUCCUGCCAACCUGCCAAACAUCAAAAGGGAAUACUCAGUGUCACAUGCGCCGGCUAUCAUGCACAUGCUGGAUAAGUCUGCAACAUGUGGGAAAUUUGAAAACUAUCAGAGGCCUGAAGGGUUUCCUGUUGUAGAGGUAAGAGCUCUGGCAAAGGAAAGACAGAAAAAGGACAACCACAACUUGAUUGAGAGAAGACGACGGUUUAACAUCAAUGAUCGAAUUAAGGAACUGGGAACUUUAAUUCCAAAGUCAAAUGACCCAGACAUGCGCUGGAACAAGGGCACCAUCCUCAAGGCGUCUGUGGACUACAUCAGGAAGCUGCAGCGGGAGCAACAAAGGGCCAAAGAACUGGAGAGCCGUCAGAGGAAGCUUGAAAAUGCCAAUCGGCAUCUUAUGCUAAGGAUACAGGAGUUAGAGAUGCAGGCACGAGCUCACGGCCUGGUGGUCACGUCCUCCACGCUGUGCUCCGCCGACCUCGGGGGCCGCAGCAUCAAGCAGGAGCCCGCUCUGGAGGACUGUCACCCGGAUUUGUACACACUCCGCCCCCGCCUACAUCACCCGCACCACCCAGACUGCAACCCCGAGGCCCCCGGCACCCUGGACCUCGACGAGGGUCACCCCGAUUUCUCCGACGGCCACUACGGCGUUCACUGCAAGCCGGCCUCCAAACUGAACGACAUCCUCAUGGAAGACAACAUGUCGCCGGUGCGAGGCGGCGACCCGCUGCUCUCGUCGGUCUCCCCGGACGCCUCUAAGGACAGCAGUCGUAAAAGCAGCGUCAGCAUGGAUGAGAACGAUCAAGGCUGUUAGCGCCCUCUACUGGCUGUGGUCUGUGUUUACCUUUUCAAUCUCCUGUGACUUUUUUCCAAGCUUGAGUUCAAGGAUUGAUUUUAAGGCUCUGUUUGCUUUAUCAAACCUUUGAAGACAAGAAGUUACAUACUGUAUGUAGAGUUUUAUAUGCAAGAGAAAAUAGAGGCUAGAUGAUGUCGAUGAUUCCAAAGGGGAAGUGUUAAAUUGUCGUGUCGAGAAAACAUUUUUGAAAUCGCUAGCAAUAAUAGAAGAAAUAUCAGUUAAUUCGUGCUUUACACUCCUGGUGUCUUAGAACUUGAAGGUGCAGAUAGAGAGAUGCCUUAUAGACACUUUUCAAUCAGUCAAAGUGUAUUUAUAUAGCCCUAACAUGCUCAGUGGCCUUGUGGUUAGAGUGUCCGCCCUGAGAUCGGUAGGUCGUGAGUUCAAGCCCCAGCCGAGUCAUACCAAAGACUGUAAAAAUGGGACCCAUUACCUCCCUGCUUGGCACUCAGCAUCAAGGGUUGGACAUGGGGGUUAAAUUACCAAAAUGAUUCUCGGGCGUGGCCACCGCUGCUGCUCACUGCUCCCCUCACCUCCCAGGGGAUGAUGAAGGGUGAUGGGUCAAAUGCAGAGGAUAAUUUCACCACACCUAGUGUGUGUGUGUGACAAUCAUUGGUACUUUUUUUUAAUCACAAGUGUCUCAAAGGGCUGCACAAGCCACAACAACAGAUCCACUUUUGUAUCACCAUGCACACGCUGUGGUUGUUGGCCGUCUUCCAAUGGAAACUUCUUCAUGGACAAAUAUCAGUCACUUAUGUAUGUAUUGCAACAAACAAAACAACCUUAUUUAUAUAAAUAUAAGCUCCCCGAUGAAAGCAGUUUUAUUACAGUAGGGAAGGGAUUCAUAUGGCCCCCUACCUGGGUGGAUCUCACGUGAGAGGAAGAGCGAGGGUAAUCAUUUUCAAUCAAAGUUCAUUUAUAUAGCCCUAAACCAUGAGUGUCUCAAAGGGCUGCACGAGCCACAACGGCAUCCUCGGCUCAGAUCCCACAUCAGGGCAAGAAAAAACUCAACCCAAUGUAAUUACAAUGAGAAACCUUGGAGGGGAACACAGAUGUGGGGAUCCCCCGCACACCCUGGGCGACUGGUGCAAUGGACGUCGAGUGGAUCUAGUUCAUAGUGUGAGAGUCCAGUCCAUAGUGGGGCCAGCCGGAGAUCGUCUUGGGUGGAGAUAAUUCAGCAGCGCAGAGACGUCCUCAACUGAUGCACAGAUGAGUGGUCCAUCCCGGGUCCCGACUUUGACUUUCAUCUGUGGUCACCUAAUCUGUGCCCACCCUCUCCACGAAGGAAAGAGGGGCAGAACAGAAAAGAGACGGCAGAUCAACUGGUCUAAAAGGGGGGUCUAUUUAAAGGCUAGAGUACACUUGUGAUUUAGGGCUAUAUAAAUAAACAUUGAUUGAAACAUUGAGAGUAUACAAAUGCAAUGCAGUCUGCUGAAAAUGAUGAAAAGCGGCACUCUACAUUGCAACUGAGGCUGUGGUCAAAGUUGGAAUUGCCACAAAACACAUUUGACGAUAAUCGACACUCUACUGCCACCUGGCGGGCUAAAGUGAGUGGAGCACCCCUCCAAUUCGUCACGGUUCAUGUGUUAAGUAAACCGUGACGAAUGGAGCCAUAGGAGUCCCCUUCCUUCUGUACGUGUCGUAGCAAAACACUCCAAAUGUUUCCUGAGCAGCGCACAUCCAGAUCAAUACGAGGAAACGGUGAAUCGAUCAAGACAGAAGGAAUAGCAAUGAUGAAGAUUAGUUGAAAGUCUUGUGUGGGAUAUCACAUACAAAAACACAUUCAUGGUGCAGAGGGGGUCACCUUAUUAUGAGGAUGUUGGCUUUUCCUUUUAAAAUCAAUAUCAAAUCACUCUAGUAGUUUCACUUUGUCAUAAAACGUAGUUCAAGUGUGUAAUUAGUCUGUCCAAUCUGACUGCACAGCAGGCUUUGCAGCUUAGGACAGUCCCCAGUUUGUUACAAUAGUAUCCAAAAUGCGUGUCCAACAUGUAGCCCGGGGGUCAAUUGUGGCUCGCAGCUUGAGUUUGGUUGGCCCGCAGAAUAUUGUAGAGAUAAAAUCCAAUGAAAAACAACAGUGAAGAGGUCAGAAAAACCAUGACCAUGUCAUGAGAAAAAAGAUGACAUUUUCAAACUAAUAGUUGAUUAUGAUAGGCUUUGUCACCGACAACACAGAGCUGAUGCAAAGUUUUGUCCGUUUUCUAGCACUUUUUUCCAAAACAAAAGAAAAUGUUGAAAUGACCCCGGCAUGCUCUAACUGUCGGUAUGCAGCCUUUGGUUCAAAAAGCAAGACACAUUUGUUCAGUACAAAAAUGUACCUUUUUCAAGAAAUCACUUGAGGAUCAACAACAUUGCUAAGAACGGGUUUUCUAAGUGCGACACAGUAAGAAAAGUCUGCUACUGGAUCAUAUAUUGUGCUCUCUUCCAUUUAUCCAUCCAUUAUCUAACGCUUGUACCUUUUUGGGUCACGGGGCGAGGUGUUUGGGGGCUGGAGCCUAUCCCAGCUGCACUCGGGCAGAAGGCAAGGUACACUCUGGACAAGUCCAUAUAUCAUUUAUUGAACUCUUUCAUGGUAGGAACACAAAAACAAUCAGUUUAGCUUUUUUUUAACACU